AUGGCGGCCGCGGCGACGGCGGCCGCGGCGUCGGCGCCGUCGACGCGGCCAGGGCGUCGAGCGGCGACGCCGCGCGCGUCGAGCGCGCUCGCCGCCGCGCGUCGCCGCGGCGCCGCGCUCGUCGUCCUGACGUGCUGCCUCGCGUCCGCGUCCGCGGCGGACGACGGCGAGCGAUGCGAGUCGUCGUCGUCGUCGUCGUCGUCGUCGUCGUCCUCCUCCUCCCCCGACGUCUCCAAGUCCGCGCCCCGCGCGGCGCUCGCCGCGGACGACGCGACGACCGCGCUCGCGCUCGUGGAGAAGAACGCGCUGUCGCCUCUGAUGGACCGCCUCAGGACGCCGACGCGCACGUUCAUGUAUCCCUCUCUCGGCGACCGCGGCGUCGUCCUCGCGUUCGAUCAGCGGUGGGACGAGCGCGGCGCGGGCACGGGCGCGGCGGUGUGGGAGUCCGCGGAGAGGCUCGCGACGUACAUCGCGUCCUCCGGCGCGGCGUCCGCGCUGCGCGCGCACCCGAUGCGUCUCCUCGGGAAAAAGGAGGGCGACGACGGCGACGACGACGACGACGACGACGAUGACGCGACGGCGACGACGUGGUGGACGGGCAAGCGCGUCGUGGAGCUCGGCGCCGGGCUCGGACUCGCGUCCACCGUCGCCGCCGCCGUCGGCGCGUCCGCGUACUGCACGGACGGCGACGCGAAGGUCGUCGCGAUGUGCGCGGCGAACGCGGCGAAGAACGCGGCGGCGGUAAAGGGAGCGGUGAAGGGCGGCGGGGAGGUGACCCCCGCGCGUUUGCGAUGGGGCGACGCGAAGGACGAGGCGGCGGCGGUCGCGUGGCUCUCGCCGGCGCCCGCCGCGGACGUCGUGCUCCUCGCGGACGUCGUCUACGGCGAGCACCCGGACGCGUGGGACGCGCUCGCGGGGACGCUGGCGAAGCUCAGCGGUCCGAGGACGGUCGCGAUGCUCUCGCACACGCGCAGAGGGAACGGACGCGGACAGCGCGCGUUUUUCGACGCGUUGGAGACGCGCGGGUUCGAGACGAAGGUCGUGGAGCGGUGGCGCGGGGACGAGGACGGAGGACUCGCGUCGCUGACGGUGCUGUACGCGAUGUGGCGGCGCGCGUAG